GAAAAUCCAGUUCCGGUGACGGACAUUGAACUUAAAGUUUGUUAGCGGCUUUUUUAAUGUAAUUUAUUUUUAUUUAGAACAAUUUUCAAUUAAAUCGUUCUUAACAUUGUUACAUUUUAUUAUUGAAUUAUAAACGCUCAUCACAAAUAGUUUGACCAUUUAAGUAUCUACGUAACUAAGGUUAUCUUCAAGUCUCAUAAGAGUUAUUUGUUAAAGAAAGUUGGUUAGUUCCGUAGUAGGUCAAUGGUACGAUUAUUGCGUGCGAGUAACGUUAUAUACUGACGUCGACUUCAGGUUGUUGAGUCAAGGAACCAGUCAAGUUAACAGAUUCCGAAUCGAGACGCGCUAGACGGCAGUUGUUUCUCGUAACGUUAUAAAAUAUUUGACUUAAAGACAUUACUGAAAUCGUGAAAGAACAAAUAGUGAUAAAUAAAAAAAUGGCUAAUAGAGUCGAAAAUGUUGGCAUUCUGGCUAUGGAGAUAUAUAUUCCUUCUCAAUAUGUAGCUCAGGAAGAAUUAGAAAAAUUCGAUGGUGUGGAUACUGGUAAAUAUACAAUCGGGUUAGGCCAGAGUAAAAUGGGAUUUUGUUCAGAUAGAGAAGACAUAAACUCGAUUUGUAUGACUGCUUUGCACCGCCUCAUUGAAAAUAACAACAUAAACCUUCAUGACAUUGGAAGGUUAGAGGUUGGUACAGAAACUAUUAUUGAUAAAAGCAAAAGUGUAAAAACAUUUCUCAUGACAUUAUUUGCCAAAGAGGGUGCAACUGAUAUUGAAGGCAUUGACACCACAAAUGCUUGUUAUGGUGGGACAGCUGCAUUGUUCAAUACUAUUAAUUGGGUGGAAUCUUCUUCUUGGGAUGGCAGGAAGGCUAUUGUUGUGGCUGGUGACAUUGCUGUAUAUGGCAAAGGCCCAGCUCGGCCGACUGGAGGUGCAGGAGCAGUUGCUAUGCUCAUUGGCCCUGAUGCACCAUUAGUAUUUGAUUGUGGUGUACGUGCAUCUUAUAUGACUCAUGCAUAUGAUUUCUACAAGCCAGAUCUUGCAUCAGAAUUUCCUUAUGUGGAUGGCAAGCUAUCAAUUCAGUGUUAUCUUAAUGCUUUAGACAAAUGUUAUAAUUUGUUUUGUGAUAAAAUGAAAAAGGUAAACCCGGACUUUAAAGGUCUUUUGAGCCUGGACGGCAUGUUAUUCCAUUCUCCUUAUUGUAAGCUCGUUCAAAAAUCACUAGCCAGAGUGUCUUUCAAUGAUUUCUUGAAUUGUGCUGAAGAUGAUAGAGAAAAACAAUUCCCGGGACUUUCACAGUUCAGCAAACACCAAAGAUCUGAAACAUAUUUUGAUAGAGAUCUUGAAAAGGCAUUUAUGGCUUACAGCAAAGAUCUGUUUGAAGAAAAAACUAAGCCGUCUCUGUACAUUGCAAGAAACGUCGGCAAUAUGUACACCGCCUCACUGUAUGGUGGUUUAGUUUCAUAUUUAAUCAGCAAGUCACCAGAGCAGUUAAUUGGCAAGAAAUUUGCCUUGUUCUCUUACGGCUCUGGAUUGGCAUCGACUAUGUACUCUGUCAAUAUAUGCAAUGAUAUGAGCGCUGGUUCCAAACUAGAAAAGCUCAUUAAUUCUCUUCAUAAUAAUGUAGCUAUGUUAGAUAAAAGAAUUAAUGUUGAACCGCAAGCCUUCUCAGAUUCCAUGCAAAUUAGGACAGAGAAUUAUCACACAGCACCAUACGAGCCAUCGGGUUCUAUUGAUAUACUUUUCCCUGGAACGUACUAUCUGGUGAAGAUCGAUGACCAAAGAAGACGGACAUAUGAUAGAAAAUUAUAAACUAUUUAUUAUUUGUUUACUUCAUAUUGGUGAAGGACUUUGUCACUGAUAAUAAAGAUAGGUUAAUGUUUCAUGUCUUGUAGCUGUGAGCUACAUUACUAUUGUUUUGUUUAAAAUAUUGCAAUUAUUUUUGUGCAGCAUUAAUGAAUUAUAUGACGUAUUAAAAAAAAAAUGGUGCAAUAUUAUGACUUGGUGGAGUUUUUAAGCAUAUCUGCUUAUAGAUAAGAUGUUAUGGAAUAAAAUUAUUUAUUGUUAUUUAAGGCUAUUCAAUUGUAUUCAAACAAAGACCAAUAAAAAAAAUAUCGUAAACCUAAA